GUUGUGAGGGGAAACGCACGCGAGCUCUGAUUUACAUGUGCUGUUGUUGCUGUGCCAUUUCUUUGCGUUUUGAGAGUGUGGAGUGUACCUUUUGUUCUGGUGAUCUCGUUCAAGUGACAAUGACAGCCUGUCUAUCAAGAUGCAUGGAACCCGCCCCAUUCACCCCUCCUGCUCCCUGGCCGUAGCAAGCAGGGAGCAGUGAAGACGAGGUAGCUAGUUUUGAAGCCGUGGCAUAAAUGAUCUCAUCUCAGCCCGAUCUCCGCUUUCUACAGAGGAUCCUAUGACCAACACCGGAAUAAAGUAAAAAUAAAGAAUACACACUCGCACUGUUGCGUAGUCAGCUAAUUUCUCCAUUCAAAAAAGCAUAAGCGGCAGCGGAAAUACUGUCAACGUCAGUAUUGUGGGGGAGGGGAGACUAUUCCUAGGUGGAGCCAGAGACGAGGAGGAGGAGGAUCUCUGGUGGAGCUGUGGGUGUUAAUGCUAUUUUAUAGAGCCAAAAUGUUCCCGAAGGGCACGAAGCGCAAGUUUUCCGACUCCAGGGAGGAACCUGUGGCAGGCGGUGAGGAUGUGAAUCAGUCGAGUUUGGCAGCUGUGAGGAUGCUGUCGUCCUACAGCCUGCAGCGGCAGUCCCUGCUGGACAUGUCCCUGAUCAAACUGCAGCUGUGCCACAUGCUGGUGGAGCCUAAUCUGUGCCGUUCGGUGCUGAUUGCCAACACGGUUAGGCAAAUCCAGGAGGAGAUGACCCAGGACGGCACCUGGCAGAUCAUGACCCAGGCCCUGAGUGCUGCCAACGCUGCUGCCCAGUGCUCUGCAGACCGCCUGGUGGCCACCGAGGUUCUGUGCCGGCAGACAGAGGCAGCCCAGGGGGAGCAGGUCCCCAAGCCCUUCCCAGUGGUGGGUUCAGAGGGCUGCCCUGCGGAGGAGGUGUUGGAGGAGGAGGAGGAGGCGGCGGCGGCAGAGGUGGGGAUGACUAUGUCCACUGUCUCCCCCCAAGCCCCAACCUCCUACCUGCCAGGCACCUUUGGCAUGGACCCCUGCUGGGAAGAGGAGGAGACAGGUGAAGAUGAUGAUGAUGAUGAUGAGGAGGAGGAGGAGGACAGUGAGGAGUGUGGGUCUGGCUCAGAGGGGGAGGAGAGGGAGCGUGACAGCCUGGUGGAGGACACCAGGACAGCAGAGCAGGUCUUUGGCACGUUCGAGAUCAAAAACCCUGCGCCCAGCCCCGACCCUGCUCUGGAGGAACUGUUUUCAGACGUGGAUGCGUCUUACUACGACCUUGAUACAGUGCUGACAGGAAUGCAGAGUGUUCCUAAGAUGGGGCCCUAUGACCUCCUGGAGAGCCUGUCCUCCCAUGGGCCCUCACCCCUCAGUUCCAGCACCAGCUGCCGAUCAGACCUCAAUGAACUGGACCACAUCAUGGAGAUCAUAGUGGGCUCCUGAGAAACAACACACUUCCUUGCAUACUUACUUUGCAGACUCGUUACAGACUGUGCACGUGGUGCGUAUAUUUGGAUAUGGUGUUAUUAUACGUUCAGAUGUUGAGGGUUUAUGAAAUCAAGAACUUAUUCAGUGUUACGACAUGCAGCUGUGCAUCUCUAAGUGGGCAGAGAUUACAACCUAUACCAUUAUGAUUUUUCUUAUUUGACAUACUUUCUAUAUUUCUUUUUGUCAUACAAUCUAUUUUUCCAGUUUUGUUUUUAUUUAUUGUAAUAUGUAUGGACUGAAGAACAAUGUCAUUACACUACACACAAAUAGACCCUCUGAAGCGAUGCAUAUUUUCCUAAAGAGUAAAACAAAUAUUAGUGAAACAUGUACGUACAGUUGAAGUCAGAAGUUUACAUAUACCUUGGCCAAAUACAUUUAAACUCAGUUUUUCACAAUUCCUGACAUUUCAUUCUAGUAAAAAAUUCCCUGUCUUAGGUCAGUUAGGAUCACCCCU